GUAUGUUGGCUCAUGCCGGAGCAGACUGCAGGAAAACAGAAGCCCUACAUGUACACUCAAGGCCAAGCUGUUCUGAACAGAUCCGUUUUCCCCUGCUUUGACACUCCUGCAGUUAAAAGUUCUUAUUCAGCUAUUAUAAAGGUCCCAGAAGGCUUCACUGCUGUGAUGAGUGCAGUUACCAGGGAGAAGCAGAAGGGGAACACUUUCCUCUUUGAGAUGCCUCAUCCUAUCCCUUCUUAUUUGGUGGCCCUGGUCGUUGGGGACAUUGUUUCAGCAGAAGUGGGACCAAGGAGUCACGUCUGGGCUGAGCCCUGCCUGAUUGAGGCUGCUAAGAAAGAAUAUGACGGUGUGAUUGAAGAAUUUCUUACCACUGGAGAGAAGAUUUUUGGACCAUACGUAUGGGAAAGAUACGAUGUGCUCUUUAUGCCUCCCUCAUUCCCAUUUGGGGGAAUGGAAAACCCUUGUAUCACCUUUGUGACCCCCUGCCUUUUGGCUGGCGAUCGUUCCCUAGCAGAUGUGAUCAUCCAUGAAAUCUCACAUAGUUGGUUUGGAAAUCUGGUCACCAAUGGCCAUUGGGGGGAAUUCUGGCUGAACGAGGGUUUUACCAUGUAUGCCCAGAGAAGGAUUUCUUCAGAACUCUAUGGUGCUGCUUAUACUUCCUUGGAAGCGGCUACUGGGAGAGCUUUGCUUCGUCAGCACAUGGACAAUGUUGGGGAAGAGCAUCCUCUCAACAAGCUCAGGGUGCAACUCGAACCAGGUGUUGAUCCUGAAGAUACAUAUAAUGAAACUCCUUAUGAAAAGGGCUACUGUUUUGUCUCAUACCUUGCCCACCUUGUGGGAGAUCAGGCUAAGUUUGAUGCUUUUCUGCAGGCGUAUGUGAACCAGUUCAAAUUUCAGAGCAUCACAGCUGAUGACGCCCUCAACUUCUACUUGAAAUAUUUCCCAGAAUUGAAGAAGCAAGGAGUGGACACCAUUCCAGGUUUUGAAUUUGACCGAUGGCUAAAUACUCCUGGCUGGCCGCCAUACCUUCCUGAUCUUUCACCUGGAGAGGAGUUGAUGAAGCCAGCAGAUAAACUGGCAGAACUCUGGGCAUUUCCUGACCACAAUAUGGAGGCAAUUAGAGAACUAGAUAUCUCUGCAUGGAAGACCUACCAGCUGGUUUAUUUCCUAGAUAAUAUCUUGAAGAAAUCUCCUCUGCCAGAUGGGCAUGUUGAGAAGAUGAGCGCCUUGUAUCCUAAGAUCUCUAAAGCACAGAAUGCUGAGCUGCGUCUUCGCUGGUCCCAAAUUGUCCUCAAAAAUAAUCAUGAAGCAGGCUUUGAUCAAGUGAAAGACUUUCUUCGCAGCCAGGGAAAACAGAAGUACACCCUUCCCAUCUACCGAGCCAUGAUGAGUGGCUCAGAAACAACUCGAGCAUUGGCCAUGGAAGUAUUUUUGUCCACUGCUUCACAGCUCCACGUUAAUGUUCAGAACUAUGUUAAAAAGAUCUUAGGUUUGAACACUGAAGAAAGCUAGGAAGAAAGCCGAAAAUACAAACCAGUUUGUAUGAAUGGCUGUGGGUGAUCUGUGGGAUUAAAAGGUAGAAGAAAUAAAGGCUAUUUUCAAAACUUUUGCUGGUAUACAAUCUGCUUUUGAUUUAAUGCUGGAAAUUUCAGAUUAAGGCUCCCCAAAGGUAAUCUUUUCUCCUGGGUAACCUGCUGGAUAAAAGAACUUUAAGGUGUUUUUUUUCUUUGUAAAUUUUGAGAAUGUAAAAAAUACAAAUGUAAACAUUACUUUUCCAAGUAAAUUAAAAGAUAGUAGCAAUGUGUUUAUUUCAAUUAAAAAUAGCUAUCAUUUGAUAUUGGCUCUAAUAAAUUUUUAUCUGUGGUUUUUCACUUC